AUGGCCAUCGAGGCCGCCGUCGGCAACCCGCUGGCGUCCAGGACGACUCGCCUAUCGACAGAAGAACGCUCAGUGGUCCUAGCCAAGAACCUUAUCUUUGGAGACACCCUCACGAAGAAGGACGUGCGAUCCCCAACCACGGGACCGCAUCGACAACGGAUUCGGCACGCCAAUGUCUGUCGUGGCAAAGUCGUGUUGGCGGCUUCUACUGGCGAUACUACCGUAUCCUCUCCACCAGGCAGUCGUGUGCCCUCCAGUCGACAACACCGACUCAAACCAUCGUCCCCCAGAAUUGAACAUGUUCCCGAGUCCCCCCCACCAGCUGCCUCCCCCCUCGAAGCAGCCCUGUCUUCACAAGCACGACAAACCCAUCCCAUCCACGUCACGAUUGUAGACAACAUUCGCCCCCGAAAGCGCACGUCUGGGUUGCGAACUGCCCAACCUACUAGCCCACAAAACGGGCUGUUGUGCGGCCACGAAGAAACCUUGACCAUCGACGACAUGUGUUCCGAUCCCCUGGAAGACACUGUGAGCCCCCACGCAGACCUCACUCCUCUGGUCUCCCCCAAAAACCCUACGUGCUACUCGCAAACCCAGCGGGCUAGUUGGAGCGGCAAAGUUCCCGCCGCCCGUCGACGUAGCCAGUCGAAUACGGCUACGUCCGUGGACGUGUCGAACACGUCGCUUUCGAGUUACUCAGGGGACGUAUCGGCUGACAAUGUAGUAGCUGAAAUCGACACCAUCAAGACGAUUUUGAUCCGCGAACAGUUGAUGGAACGGCUCGGCCGCGCCGCCGCCGUGAUCGAUCGAAGUGUGUUGGACCUGCAUGCCCUUACAAAGCCCGCCCGGAGAAAGAGCGCGGGCUCUGCAACCUCUCGAAACGGCGACAACAACGAAGGAGACGAGAGGCCGACCGCAGCCCAGAAGAAACAAAUGGACGCCACGGUCGCGUCACUCGAACGUCGCAUCGUAGCCUCCACGCACGAUUUGCUGGACAUCGGGCCAGAGCUCCGACAAAUCACAGUGAAAGUCGUGGACGCGAUCGAAGGUUGGCGCCAUACUCUGGAUGGCACGGCCACUCGGACGAACCGUCCUCCCACUGUGCGCACAUUUUUGUUUCAAGGCGAGAAUUACCUCGAGAAAAUGAGCCAAGACCUGUGUCCAGCAUACGACGGCGUCGCCCUCGCAGCAGUGUUCAAAGGCCCCUCUCACCCAUUUCUCCUGCCCCACGACGUCGCCGACCAACUCCAUGCCGCGUUGGGGCUGCCCCCUGUACCUGCCUUAUCUACAGCUCCUUGCACGACCUUUGUCACGACCUCUGCUCUCGUUGCCGAUACACUCUCGGAAAUCGUCUCGACGCUUAUCCGUAAACGCAUUCCGUCGUCGUUUGGGCCUCAAAACAACGAGUCGACAUCGUUGAUCACAGCGGAAGUUCGUCGAGCCACCGCCGCCAUCUUCCGCGAGCGUCAUCGUGUGCAAGCCGACGCCCCGCGUAGCGUCGAACCUGCCGCCUACGACCCCUUCGACACCAUUCGACAGUACCCAACUGUCGCGGACGCGUUCGACCGAAUUUGUCGGAGUAACCGAGAUGCGAUGGACGACACACGUGAGGUAUUGCGGCUUCGACAGCAAGACACGACUCGUGCCCGGAACCAAACAUUACGCGCUGUGCAGAAACCACUGACCAUUAAUCAUGCGGCCGUGGAGGCGUUGGUGGCCAAGAAAGUGGCGGCGGAGAGCGCCUCGAUCAUGCCAUCCAAAGGGGCUGCUGCUGGUUCUACAUGUCGCCUUGCUGGUCACGUUUUAAUCCGCAAGAAACCCAGUCGAGGCGAUCCGGUCCUGCGCAGCGUCCUGAAGAUUCAGGCACAAUUCAGGCGCCACCAUUCUCGGCUGGAACUGCUCUUGUCGUUGAAAGCGAUGACUCAUCGGCUGCACAUGGCGGCGACCCAAAUUCAGCGCAUUUAUCGAGGCCAUCGCGCCAAAGCCAUGGUGGGCCAAGUUCAAAGGUCGUUGUGGGUAGACGAGCGUUUUUUCCAUUUGAACGCCCGACGUGUGCAGCGAUGGCUACGGCAUCGGCGGUUGGAGCGGGUGGAAGCCGCCAAGCGGCAGGUGGCGGCCGCCGUCGUGGUCCCCGCCGAGCUCCCUGUGGUGCCUGUAGGCCCCAGUCUAACCGACGUGUACCGAGAAGCAGGGCGUAAGCGUCGCAUGGAGCGCGACCGCGUGACCGCAGAAAAGCGAUCGCAAGCGGCGCUCUUGAUCGAGAAGAAGCACCAAGGGUGCCACGUCAUUCAAGGCGCGUUUCGGCACUACAACAAGCGCAAGACAAUGCGUAUGCUACAGCUCGCACGACGCAUGUCGCAAGAGUCCAACGCUGCGACGCAUAUUCAGUCGUUCGUGCGGUGUACGCUGGCCAAGAAGUACGCGCGGCAGCUGCACGCGAGGCGGGAGUUGGACACGGUGCACCACAGCUCGACCCUGAUCCAAGCGACGUACCGCGGACAUCGCGUGCGCCAACGCAUGUCCUUGGCGGCGACGAUGGCGGCCACGAAGGAGGUCGCUGGCUCCCCGACCAAGACGAGGCUGCCGUCGGUGGUCCUCAAGCCGGCGGUGCUCAAGCCACAUCCCACACGCCCGUCGCGCCACCGAACCGCGGUGACUGUCCCCAAACCACUGCAGAGUCCUCGAGACAGGCUGCCCAGCCUCGUUCAACAAGGCCGCCGCAAGCCUGGAGUGUCGUGGGAAGAGCUCAAGCUCAAGGAACCUCGCAUUGGCGACCAAUUGUAACAACCAUGCUAUUUGUUCCCCAA